CGAGAUUUGCUUGAUUUGGUUUCGCUUUUUCAUUUGCUUGUAGUUGCUUUAGCACCUUGGUGUACUUGUAUAAUUAUUUAAUAGUCUAUAUCAAAGAAUAUAACUUAAGCAUCACCCAUGGAAGUUGUCUUAAUUUCUACUUUAAGCAUAGUGCUUUUCGUUUCAGGAGCUAUAUUUCAAUUUAUUCAACAAGUACAAAAGGAACCUUACAUGGAUGAGAUUUUCCAUGUACCUCAAGCGCAACAAUAUUGUUCUUUUAAUUUUACAUCAGUAUGUAGUAUGUCGUCUCGUAAAUUACAAAUGAUACAAUUUAGUUUUAGCUUAAAUUUUUCGGAAUUACCAAAGCUGAUAUCGGUGUCCUUUGUUUAGCCCAGUGGUUUUAAACCGAUUUCUGAUUGGGGGUGCCAAAAAGAAACAAAAAAAAAAAAAAAAACCAGCCCCUCCCCCCCGCCCCUUUUCCCGAGCCUGGACUAGUCGUGGUAUUUUUUUUAAUUUCAAUUAAAUUACCGCAUAUAAGCUUUAGACUAAAUGAGGGGUAUCUGUAAGAUCAAUAAGUAUCGUGAACGACAAAAUAUGUUUAAAAUAUAUAUGCUUCUAUUUAAAGUUAAAGCUUUCGAAAAUCGGAUGAAGGCAGUUUACCUGUUCUGCCCGAGCAGAUUUUUCAGGAUCCUGCAGAUAUUUCAGAUAAUUAUUUUAUAUAUUCUCUUUGAUUCCAUGCUCCAAGUCACCCAAGGGGGUCAUCAUUAAAUGCUGUCAUGCUAAUUCCGCAUAUUUUUUUUACCCCCCUCCCCCCAUCCGACAUCGUCACAAAAAGUUGAGUCCCCUCCAAUAUAACAUCACAAACCUCUGCAUCCCCGCCCCCCUCUCAUAAAAAUCUAUCUGUCCACUACUGCCCUUUACAAACCCUUACAAAAAUCACUUCCCAUGGAUAUUGAAUUACUGCACCUGUAUGAGAAACAUUUCCCUAGAAUAGUGGUUCUUAAAUUUUAAAUAGGCGUGAAAGUGCUAAGAAAAUGAAUUUCAUUUGAAUGAAUUGCUAUUCACCGGAGAUGCAGUCUUAAUAUCAUUCAAAAAUGAACUACAGCAUUACAUAAGUAGCCUCUUUCCCCCCCCCCCCCCGGCAAGGAGCCUGGACUGAACAUCAUCCUUAACAGGCAUCUUGUGGAAAGAAGUAGUUUCCCUUUUCAUCAUUGUCAUCAAUAGAUACGACCAUGGGAGUUUUUGGUAACUUCACAUACCGGUACCUUAAAUUUAUUGAUGAACUGCAUUUAUGAACAGAUAGUACAAGUGACCCUAGAACAGAAGAACUGCAAAGAUCCAAUCUCACAGAGCAUACCAGGAUCAAUAUUGACUGGGAGGGCUGUGGUGAAAGCAUUAUGGCUCGUGGUUGCUGUGUUAAACAAAGAGUUGAUGGGACAGAGUGGGCGCGAAAUGCUACCCUUCUUAAAAGAAAACUCAACUUUUGGUUGUGAAAUGGGCAGCAGGGACUGCCACUCAAGGAUUAGACUCUUGAGCCAGACAGGAAGAUAUAACAUGGUCUAACAAAGCUGAAUUAUGAAUUUCAAUCAUAAAUUAUUAAUACCAGUACCGGUACCUUUUCAGUGCACCUAUCAGACAUUUGGAUCCCUUUUUAUUCAUUUUAACAUUUCUCAAAAUAGCAUGUACACUUUCUAGCAAAGAUUACCUUUUUUCCGAUGUAAAUGAAACUGUCUUUGUAACUUGCUAUCUACCAUCCUCCCACAAACUAUACAUUUAAGACUGAGUUAAUAUUUAUCUAUGAAAUAAGUACCGGAUACUACUUAUUGGGUACAACUUCAGGUUAUGAGCAGAAUAAAUAAAUAGUGGAACAAGAUAUAUUUAGUUUGGAGAAAAAAAGUAAAAAAGACUUUACAAUUAAAAGGAUGUUUCUGCUUAAUGAUAAUGCCUUCUUCAGCAGACAAGAUAAAACAAGAGACAACAAAUAAUUAGAAAUGAAGAAUAUAUGUGUUCAAAAAUCUAAAUGUCGUUCUCUUAGUCUCUUUUUAGAAAUGAAAACACUCUAGAAACAGAACUUAAGUUGUUCAAAUCCAAAUGUGCAUCCCACAGUAUUAUGUGGUUCAUACUAACUAUCAAUGUAAAAUAAUUAUAGUAUUAUUUAUGUAAAGUUUAAAUAUGAAACCUUUUUAUUCAAACAACAAAAAAUGAGAAUAGAAUAGGAAAUACCGGUAGAAGGAAAUAGAGGACAGCUACUAAGACUAGCUAUAGAGUACUGUAUUCUUUUUGAUUGAUUCCAUGUGGUGAUGAAAAUCUGAAUUAAUUUGUUUUCAUUCUUCACCCUCGCUGGUGUAUAGUAUUUAUUAUUUAUUUAUAAGUGCAAGAAAUUAUACCCCUAAUGGAUAUCGUUCAAACUUCUUUUCAUCUAAACUAUAUGACUUGAGCAGCAUUGUACUACAAUCAUAUAUUAACCAGUAAUACAUGUGAAGCCCUCUUUGAUGGUAAAGGGCCCCUUAGAUAAGCCAUGUUUCCAGUAUAUAGGGGCAAGUCCUACUACAGCUUCGUGGACAUGGAACAUGUUUUUAUUUUGGCUGAGCCCUUUAGUUUAAAGUUGAGAAUCAUUUUGAUGCACCCUACAAGAUUUCAUUGCGGCACCUCAGGGUGCACCUGGUUAAAAACCACUGGUUUAGCUUACCUGUACAAUUUCUCAGUAUAUAUAUAUGCUAAAAUCAGUCUUAUCUUUUUGCAGUGGAAUCCCAUGAUAACAACACUACCUGGGCUGUAUCUGUCCUCUCUUAUUCUGAUAUUUCCAUUAGCAAGUUUUUAUGGUGGAAGUCUUUCAGAAUUUUGCACAACACAAAAUCUAAGAGCUUGUAAUAUUGCAUUUUGCACUGGAAACUUCAUCUUACUUUUCCUUUUGUGCAGAAAGUUGAAUGACAAUAAUAAGGUUAGUAUUAGUAUUUGUGCCUAAUGAGAUUACUAAUCAUAAUAAGUAAAAUCAUUUUGGGAUUUUUAAGGUACCUACAUAAUAACUAUAUAUUAUUAUCAGUAUUAUCAGUACUUUAGUUAAAAUACAGACCCAUCAUCUUGUCUAAAUGUUAAAAAUUAAAUUUAAGACUAAUUUAAGACACAUAAUGUUUGCAUUUGACAGUAUUGAUCUUGUUAUAAUUUAAAGACACUAUUACUAUUAGCAGUUUGAAGUUUGUUAGCAUACAUACUUGCAGAGAUCAAUACUGUCAAUACACACUGUCGCAAGAUGGGGCCAAGCAUUUAGGCAGGUUAUUAAGUGCUAAGCCAUGUUAUUGGAAGACUAUAGCCAAUUUUAAUCCUGGGCCAAGUUGUCUGUUUUUUGUUUUCAGUGGUAAGACAAUUUUGCAAAUUGCAGAAUGUGAUUCCCAAAUAGGGCAGUGCAGAGGCAACUGAGUAAAUCACUGAGGGCCCUGCCCGCAUGGGGGAUCGCAAGGGCAGAUUUUUUUUUAUACAACUAUUAUUAUUUAUUUUUAAAUUUGUAUGGGCCAUAUUUUGCUUUGAUUGACACUAUUUUUCUCAUUGAUAAAGGGCGAAAACAAAAAAAUGUACAAACAUGAAAAACUGAAUUAAAAGAAAUAGUUAAAAUAAAAUAGCUUAAAAUUCCGGUUGAAAAAAAAAUUCCCUCAAAACUGUACUACUAUACCAGUACGGUACUAGGUACUUUACUUAAUACUAUUCAGUCUACUGCGUUUAAUGUUGUUUUAUUUAGUUAAUGUUACCCUUCGCCCCUUGUCAAUUUAUGGCAGCUUAUUAUUAUUAUUUUUUGGAUAAAAACUAUGUUAAUUAAUAAAUAAUUUUUUUUUUUUUUAAAUUUCAGGAUAAAAAUGUUACAGAAAGGCAAGUGUUGCUCAACUCAGUGGUCCUUGUGCUGUUUCCAGUUCUGUACUUCUUUACCUGGUUAUAUUACACAGAUCCGGGGGCAACAUUUUUCACUCUGCUGAUGUAUAUAUUUUGCCUCUACAGACAACAUGGUGUAGCAGCUGGAGCUGGUUUAAUUGCUAUAGUAUUUAGACAAACAAAUGUUAUCUGGGUAUUAUUUUGUUUGUGUCAAUCUGCAAUAAAAGUAUUAGAUAAAGAAAUGCAACUUCAUUCAAAAGUAAAUUUGCAGACCCUGGAGGAUUAUGAAUAUUUCAAAGCUAUUUUAUCAAUACUUAAUCCAUCAAGUAUUGUUCGACUUGCUAAAAACCUGCUGAUGACAUCUCAUUGGUAUUUUUAUGUCAUUUUUGGCUUCAUCGGAUUUAUUAUUAUAAAUAAAGGGAUUGUUGUAGGUGAUAGGUCACAUCACCAAGCAUCCUACAAUUUUCCACAAGUUUUUUACUUUCUGUUUAUUACAUGCUCUUUGUCUUUUUUCCAUUUUAUCCACCUGUCACAGAUUAAUCGAUUUCUACAUGCGGCUAAAAAUAAUCCGUUUAGAGUUUUACUAUUUAUAGGUCUGUCGGCUUUGUUGAUUAAAUUUUUUACUUAUGAGCAUAAGUAUCUUCUUAGUGAUAACAGACACUAUCCAUUUUAUGUUUGGUCAAAGUUUUAUAAAAGAUUACACAUAGUGAGAUAUAUUAUGAUACCUGUGUAUAUGUAUUGUCUCUAUCAAAUUUAUAAAAUGACUGUACAUAGAGGCCUUUUAUGGCGCCUCACUGUUUCUUUGUGUAUUGUAAUGUGUCUGGUUCCUCAGGCACUUCUUGAGUUUCGAUAUUAUAUAAUUCCAUUUUACAUAAUUCGUGUAAAUAUGAAAAUGCCAUCCAUCAGAGUCUUAUCAGCUGAAUUGUUAUUUUAUGUUUGCAUAAAUGCAUUCACAAUCUUAAUGUUUGUCUACCGACCAUUUUAUUGGCCCGAUGAUCCAAAGCCUCAAAGAUUUAUGUGGUAAACACAUUAAAAUUCAAAUGCCAUGUUAAACAUUUUGAAAUAAAUUAGAAUUUUAAUAGUACCGUACAGCUUUCUUUUAUUUCAUUUUUUUGUUCAGACUAAUCAACUUAGAAUACAUACAGUACAAGUCUUAUGGAG